AUGUCCGAGCUCCGAGAUUCCAAUGUGCCGACUGAAUCUUCGUACAAGAUCGGCGAGCACGUAUACGAAUUAUGUCGUUCAUCAGAAAGCGUCUCGUCUAUCCUAGCUCAGGAUUCAUCUUUAUCCCCUGGCGAGGCGUGGAAGAAGUUGACUGAACAUCACGACCAUGGACCUAAGAGCCCUAAGAGUCCCAAAGGGGACGUCCAUGAUAUUGGAAAAGGUGUUCUCGACCUUCAAGAAAUAGAGAGGACUCGAAGUUGUGGGAAAUGGGGCUCACAAGAGCCUAGUGAUUUAUUUAUCAGAAUGUACCACGAUGCUCUUUGCACACUUAACGAUGACCUAGCAAAUGGUAUGGUAAGCCCAUCACUCAUGGGUAGCAGCGGUACCAUGCCAUUGACUAUCACUUCUGUUGUCCCUGAUAUCGUAAGGCAUAUGUCCAACCUCAUUGUCCGCGCUGAAAAAGAAGUGUUUCUCGCAACCAAUUUUUGGCAGAAUGGCGUGGCCUCCAAAUACAUCACGAAUGCGAUUAAGGAAUUGUCGCACCGCGCAGGCGAACGGGGGGCCAAGAUCGUCAUGAAGAUCAUCUACGACCGCGGAAGCCCAAAACAACUCUUGGAGCCACAUUACACGGUCCCUGAGAGCGAGUAUACCGGCAAAGCUGUUGCACUACCAGCUCCGCAUGAGAUCCCCAACAUCGAUCUACAGGUCAUCAACUACCACCGCCCACUCCUAGGCACUUUCCAUGCCAAGUAUAUGAUCAUAGAUCGUAAAGUCGCUGUCUUGCAAAGCAACAAUAUUCAAGACAACGAUAAUGUGGAGAUGAUGGUGCAGCUCGAGGGCCCAAUCGUCGACUCUAUGUACGAUAUGGCGCUUCUGAGUUGGCAUAAGAAGCUCGAACCGCCGCUACCAAAUCUCAAUUCUCCCGCAGCUAUGAGCGGAAGUGGGAGCUUCGAUGCUAGCCAUGCAGCCACUUUUAGUGCGGAAGGCGCCAUCAAAGGCCACGCCGCGGUUGUUGACCCAGACAAGCUGCUCAAGAGAAAUGGUGAAGGUUUAGAAGUCCUUGAGCGGAAGCAGCCGUGGGAAGUGGUAAACAAUAUCAACGGCACGGCUGGUUCAUCUUCCUUGGACGGUGAUAUAGAAGGAUCCAAUGGCCCCCAAGACAGGAUUAUUGGAGCAGAACACGAUCCUGAGACAAGUAAUUCUGCCAUAUCACCGGAAAUGCUCCCGGAACACACUGCAGAUGAUCCUCAUUACGACAUCAAUCUCGCAGACGAGAUUCAGCGUGUGCAAGCCUCCAUAAGCUCGCAACCAGGCGAUGCGCACAUGCGGGCAGUAACGCGACAUCUCAACCACACGGUAAACGAAGGGUUUGAGGGAAACGCGCCCGAUUGCGACCCGCGAGACGAGAUGACUCCUUAUGUGCCUCACCCGGCGCAUGAACCUUUCCCCAUGGCUCUUGUGUGCCGACCGCCCUACGGUCCGCCAAACCACGCCUCUGUGUCGAACCCGCAGAACGCGGCGUGGCUGUCAGCUCUAAGGAACGCGCAGAAGAGUGUCUUUAUCCAAUCACCAACGUUAAAUGCCGAGCCCCUAGUUCCCGCCAUUGUGGAGGCGUGUGAACGCGGUGUUGACGUAUAUUGUUAUAUCUGCCUUGGAUAUAAUGAUUCUGGCGAAAUGCUCCCCAUGCAAGGUGGCCACAAUGAAGCCAUCGCGCAUAACCUUUACAACAACCUCCUCUCGCCCACCGCCAAGCCGCGCCUCCAUUGGUACUGGUACGUUGCGAAAGACCAAACCGCGCCCAUCACGGCGGCCAAGAAACGCCGCAGCUGCCAUAUCAAGCUAUUCAUCGCGGACGAGCAUGUCGGUAUUAUCGGCAACGGAAACCAGGACACGCAGAGCUGGUUCCACUCCCAGGAGAUCAACGUCAUGAUCGACAGCUCCCUGAUCUGUCGCGGGUGGAUCGAAGCGCUGAGGCGUAACCAGAACACGCAUCUAUACGGAAGAGUAGACGAGGACGGAGUGUGGAGGGAUGGACAAGGGAAGGAGUCCGAUGGCGCGACGGGUGUCGAUGCGGGUAGGUUUGGUUGGGCAAGAGGCUUCCUCGGUGCGAUUAAAAGGGUUCAGGGAACUGGUGGGUUUUAG